UUUGACACUGUACGUUGAAAUUCACGGUGUUUCGUCAGGCCUAGGUAAGGCGCAUCCGUUAUUAUUAUGGCGCACCGUGGGAUGUUGAAGUUGGUGUCUCGUGGUUUGUCUGGUUCCCGUUCACUGUUAGUAAGUGGUGUGUCCACAGGCCCUCGUUACUUGGUAACAAGUAAUACGGCAAAAUCUUCCAAGUACUAUGCAGUCCCCUGCAGACUUUAUUCUUCACAAAUUGAUCGGCAGUUUAAUCAGGUCUUAACAAACGAAAUCAAGCAAGAAAAAGAAAAUGCUUUCACAUGCAGCCCUCCUAAAGGUUUUGAGGUUGUUAGAAGUGAAGGGUGUGAACUUGUUUUGCGCAAGGAUUUCAGUGAUGGAGUUUGUGUGAACAUUGAAAUCAACCUAGCCGGAAGUGUUUCUCCUGGUACCCCAGAGGAUGAGUUGGAUGAGCAAAUCAAAAAGACCGAAGAAAACAUCCCACUAGAAGCCCAUCCGGAACUGCGCAUCAAGCUAACAAAACCCGGUGGUCGAUCUGUGAUUUUCAAUUGUAGUUUGCCAAGUCGGGAAGUUGAACAGCAGCUCUCCACAGAUGAGCCAAACACUCUUCGUAAGUCUUUAUAUUACUAAGAUUAUAUGACCAUGCAUUCAUUGUUAUUUACAGAUACUGGUUAUUAACGCAACGGAUCUCAGGAACUUUAGUAACCGUUGAUAGUUGUUUACUCAUUGAAUGUCACGGUAGAAAACGGGUGAUGUAGCCAGGUGUUAGGAAGCAGCUUGCUUAUGAUUUUCUGUUGAGCUUUAAUAAUGUCGUUUUCGACCCCGAAGAUGUAAUCCAAGUUAACCUUGAAAGACACGUUUGUAGCUGUUAUACAAGCAUUUGCCAUUUUCUAACGUCUGGUGGGUUUGAUUACUCAAAGUCAAUCACAGCUGCUAGUUUUGCAGUGCCACAAUCCUCACCCUUAGUUGUUUCUGGACGAGUCACUGAGUUUGAAAGGCAAAUAAACUAAUGUUUGGCUCCUAAGUAGUCUGUGCUAGCGUACGUUAUCACUAGCUCUCACGUCAAAAACUAGCCGGACUAUAUCGAUACGCUCAAGCUGGCAUUCCUAAGACCAGACUGAAUUAGCGCCGAACGUCCCACUGAAGUGCAGUAGCCCAUGUUGGGAUGCAACGAAGAGGUGGAUUUAGUGAUCAUCAAAAGUGUCAUCAAAAUUGUCUCAGAGAAUACACCAACUGGAGAUUAGGGUUAGUGCAGAUAUACAAGCUUCAGGAAACGACAAAGCGAAUGCAUGUACGGUUGUGACCGAUUUCCAACCAAUUCAUCAAGUCCUCUACUGGUUCCCGUCGUCCCGGACUCUCGACCCACGGCUCAGCGUACCCAAGACUACCUCUCUAAGAUAUCAAACACUGUAGAGGGACUCUAUCACUCGCCACAGUCAUCCAUUCCCUCAUACUACCCUCAGGACUUAUUCUAUGCGUCCUGAGUAAUAAAUUGUCAUCAGCUUUGCGGAUGUCAUUGAAUACUCCGUCAUAGUGCACCAUAUUAUCAUCUGCCAUUGGCCCAGCAUAAAUGACUGUAAGCUAUACUGUUCCUUUAUCGAAGUUAUGCCACCUUCGACAUGCUGUAGAACAAAUGGAUACUCGUGCUUGGCAUUGGUUUGGCUCACUUCGGUAGUUCACAACGUGAAUACAGUUAUGAAAGCUGGAAUUGUUCCAGCACUCUCCCAAUGUCGGUAAACGGCGAUAAUGUCUUAGGAGUUGAGUUCGCUGAUGCUCAUGAAUGGAGGACAUGGACUACUAGGUUAACCAGUGUAUGCUGUGUAGAAGUGUGACAACUUCCUGAUCACAGUCGGGAAUUAAACGCUUUCCACAGCAGUCUUCGAAACAAUGAUGGAACCAGAUUUCAGUCAUUAUUACUUGUUUUUUUACGUUAUACAUGAAAUGAUAUCCUCCGGCUAAUUCUUCCGGUUGUAAGGGGCAGUUCUACAUUAAACAGCGUAGAAGUUCAUUAUGUCUUAGGUUCCUGUGUUUUUUAGUCUCUCUGAACAACGACUUGUUUCUGAUUUCACAAUAUUUCAGUCUAAAAUCAGGAACAGUGAACACGAACAUCCGAUUAUCCCUUCCUGCUCCUGAGGAGUAUCUCAACCUGCCUGGUGGACCUACGGAGUACCGGAAGUUGAUGAGAUCGUUCAGGUGAAGCAAGAUAUCGCCCUCAAGUGUCUUCUCGAACUUGAGUCUUCCAUCAUCAGUAGAUGUACCAGCUCUAGCAGAGCAGUCGCACGUGACUACCCUGGAAGCCUUUAUGAUGAACACAUGCAAAGUUACUUUUAUGCAGUGUGUCGUGUUGUGACCUGACGGUGCCCGCUUCUUGAGAUCGCUGUAGAACGGUAGGUUCUUAAGUAGUAGUUAUCCUGUUAGGGCUGUUAAUCUUAGCCGCGUGGAUACCCUAACUGACUACAGGUAAUUAAGUGCUCUGACCACUUCAUCAGUUUGAAAAGUGGGAUUAACCCUGGCAGAUCAGUGAAUGACAGAAUCUCAGCACUAGUAUACAAAAAUGCAGUGGCUUUUUCGUUUUUUUUUGUCGUCUGCGGUGCUGCCCUGAUAUCCAAUCACAUGUUAGAAAUUAGCGCACUGUGCUUGGUUGCACUCUGAUAUACUAUUUGGCUGGAUAGAAGGUUUGAGAUCACCGUUGCCUUUGUGAAACUGGUUGUCGUGAAACCACUACUUUGGUAUCGUAUAAGCUAGGCGUCUAACCCUUGGUAAUCAGUUAGUAAUUUAGAUUUCUGUCUUCUGAAGCAGUUGUGAACAUAAGUUUCGCAUGCGUAAACAGUUCACGCCGUCGCAUAAUGCUGGUUUGAUAAAGUUUAGUUUGUAGCAAGACUAAGGUUGACCAGCCGUAGGCGUGGCAUCUGUCUAUGAGGCCUCUGAAUGGUCCGAGCCAUUUAGUGAAAUACAGCUUCAGGUUAGACCGUGUUACAAUCAAGUCGUUUGCUGGAAAAUCCAUAUUACUUACACUGGUCGACUCACACGUUAGUCCUUAUGGUCAUGCACAGUUCGUUACUCAUUUUCUUUUGUGAACUUCUGUGACCAUAAAAACUUUCCGUCUUACUCGUGCUGAUAUGGGAAGUAGAAUCCCGAACCGUAGGGUGGUCCCGCAGGGCCAGGAUAUAAUACUGACUGAUGAAUGCCUGCUGCACCCCACCAAAGCACCCAGCAAGAGGUUCAUGGUCCGCUGUAGCCAUACGAGCGACAUCUGGUAGUAACAACUUUUCCUUUCUAAUUCUGUUUUGCCUGAGUCAUUUUGUAGGUGUCUUACGUGCCUUAUCAGUUUGGUUGCAUCCUCCAUUUCCACGCACAUAUGUAUAUUAAGUCAAUUGUUUGGAAUGUUCCUGAAAAUUCAACUCGCAAUCUAACUCUAAAAGGAUGUUCGUCGUAGGAUGGCUGUUUUCGCUGAGAAACCAACAAAAUCCAAAGUUGCAACAAACAGUCUCUAUUUCCCCUAAAUUAGAAACCGGCAUCAACCCAAUAACCAACUUCAAAAUUUCGAAGAGCUUGUAGUGAUGAGAAUCAAGCACUGAAGAGAAAAAGCUGAAGGCUGUUGAUGAAACGGCUCAAAACACUGAUAACAAGCACUCUUAUUGUCACUAGGCUUUAUUUCUUUCUUCAUUCUCCACCUGAACAUUUUUGUCCUUCUCCCAAUUAACUUUGACCACGUACGCUGUUCAAACGUAGGGUUUGACACAGAUUUUUGCGUCCAUCGGUUCACUUACCAACUACAUUCACGUGUCCUUUUCUUAGACGCUAAUUUCUUCGGCACUUGUCCAGUUACAGUAGUUUGAUAUCGCCAUUUUUAAAAACUAGCCAGUUUUUCUAAAGUUGCCUUUCUUUACCGUUUAAUAUUAGCCAAAUGUUUUAAAUUUGUAUUUCCGCUAGCUACCUAUUCCGUGGAUUCUGUCGAGAUGGAACGCAUUCCGGGCUACUUUGUGUACACCGAUUUGUUUGACGAUGUAAGUAAUACUUGUUGAUUGAUAUGGCAAACUUAACCCUUUUCUUGUAGAACAUGUAUGAGCAUACAAUGCAGCUGCUUAUGGAACGAGGACUGAAUGCAGAUUUUCAACAAGAAUUACAGGACUUUUGUACGUCGGAGGAACACAAGUUAUAUUUGAAAUUCUUAGAUGAAUUUCAGGCUUACUGUAAAGAAUGAUUGCAACUAGUUAUGAUCUUCAUGUAGCUACCAACCCCACCCAUAUGUACCAAUGUCAAUAAAAAAAAUGUAUUGUUAACUGCACU